CUCGAAAGGGGUUUUAACAGCCAAGCACGGUUUAGUGUAGAAUAGUAAUAGUUCCUGUGUCAGUUGCUUGCCAUGAGAAACAUUGUACAGUGCAUACUGAUGUCACGGUAAUCAAUUUUCCUUUCCGUUUACAGCAGCCAUCUGUAAAAUUUUAACAGCAAAACACGAUUCAGCGUAGAAUAGUAACAAAGUUUUUGCGUAGGAAGAUUGCAAUGGGCAACCAACCAAGCUUUGAAAGUGGACAGUAUAACGGAUACCAACAACCGGAGUUCGUUUUAGCAGAUAAUCAACCAGAGGAUGGGUCAUACCAAGUUCGCCAUUAUAAAAGAGCAAAGUGGACAAGCACUAAAACUACAUCAGAGGACCACUAUGGCGCUGGAAGAAGCGCGUUUCGUUCACUUUUUAACUACAUUCGUGGUGAAAAUGCAACAAGUGACAAGAUUUCAAUGACGGUACCAGUCACCAUUCAAAAACCAGAAGAGAGCAAAUCUGAUUUUGUAACUUCAUUUUAUGUCCCAACCGAUCACCAGAAUUCGCCGCCCGAACCCAACAACCCAAAUGUAUUUACUCAAACAAGAGAAGACGUUACAAUCUAUGCAAGAGUGUUUAGCGGGUUCGCCAAGGAAGCAGAUUAUCAACGCGAGAUCAAAGCGCUUCGUAGCGACCUCCAGCGGCAUGGAGUAACCGAAGAAAUGACCGAUAAUUCGACUUACGUUUGUGCGGGUUAUGACAGCCCGUUUCGGCUAUUAAAUCGGCGAAAUGAAGUUUGGGUGAUUGGCAAUAGUUUGGAAAAAGUUGGUUGCGAACAAACGACUGAGUAAUAGUUUUGAGUUUAUAUUUUCAGUGUUGUGAUGUUCUAAUAGGCCCCUGGUAGUACCCUGUUACUUGUGCAUUAUGUUGUUGUAAUUUCAUAUGAUCUAUAAAUAAUACAGUGACUUUAUUGUAUGACGAAAAACAGCUCAAUACAUUAUUUAUAUUGCUU